AUGUGCUCUUCAUCCACGCCACAAAGAGAGGUCUUGCCUACUAACGUGACUCCGCUCCGUUACGACUUGACCUUAGAGCCUUUUUUUGACACUUUCAAAUUCAAUGGUGACCUCACUAUCGACUUGAAGGUCAAUGAGCCCUCUUCCUCCAUCACCUUGAACGUUUUGGAGAUCGAGAUCCAUGAUGCAAAGGUCAACGGUUCUGCUGUGUCUGGAACAUCGUUCGACGAAGACAAGCAGACUGUCACCUUCCAAUUGGCCUCGCAAUUGGCUAAGGACUCCACUGCUGCCUUGUCUAUCAACUUCACUGGUAUCUUGAACGAUAAGAUGGCUGGCUUUUACCGUUCCACCUACACCGAUGAGGAAGGCAACACACGCUACUUGGCUACCACCCAGAUGGAGCCCACUGACUGCCGUCGUGCUUUCCCCUCGUUUGAUGAACCUGCUCUUAAGGCUCGUUUCGAUAUCUCUUUGAUUUCCGACAAGAGCUUGGUCCACUUGUCCAACAUGGACGUUAAGGAGGAGCAGCAAUUGUCAGGUGACAAGAAAAAGACCGUGUUCAACACCACGCCUUUGAUGUCCACCUACUUGGUUGCCUUCAUCGUGGGUGACUUGAAGUAUGUGGAGAACACCUCUUACAACGUUCCAAUCAAGGUCUGGGCCACUCCAGGUCUGGAGCACUUGGGCCAGUACUCGGCCGAUAUUGCAGCAAAGACUUUGGCUUUCUUCGAUAAGAAAUUCGAUAUUCCAUACCCAUUGCCAAAAAUGGAUAUGGUUGCUAUUCAUGACUUCUCGGCUGGUGCCAUGGAGAACUUCGGUCUUAUCACCUAUCGUACGGUUGACUUGCUCUUGGAUCCAGAGAACACUAACGUCAACACCAAACAACGUGUUACCGAGGUGGUGAUGCACGAGUUGGCUCACCAGUGGUUUGGUAACUUGGUCACCAUGGACUUCUGGGACGGGUUGUGGUUAAACGAAGGUUUUGCCACAUGGAUGUCCUGGUACGCCUGUGACUCAUUGUACCCUGACUGGAAGGUCUGGGAGUCUUAUGUCUCUGACUCGCUUCAGCAGGCCUUGAGUUUGGACUCCUUGAGAUCCUCCCACCCAAUUGAGGUACCUGUCAAGCGUGCUGACGAAAUCAACCAGAUUUUUGACGCUAUCUCCUACUCCAAGGGUUCCUCUUUGCUUAAAAUGAUCUCCCGUUGGUUGGGUGAAGAUGUCUUCAUCAAGGGUGUUUCCAACUACUUGAAGAAACACAAGUGGGGAAACACCAAGACUUCAGACUUGUGGGAGGCUUUGAGUGAGGCCAGUGGAAAGGAUGUGGUCACUGUUAUGGACAUUUGGACCAAGAACAUCGGUUUCCCAAUCAUUUCUGUGGAAGAAGCUGGUAAGGAAUUGACCUUCACCCAGCACCGUUUCUUGGCCACUGCUGAUGUCAAGCCAGAAGAGGACAAGGUAUUGUACCCAGUAUUUUUGGGUUUGAAGACUUCCGAGGAGGUUGACGAGUCUUUGGUUUUGGAUACCAGAUCUAAGACUGUCAAGGUUGAUGGUAACUUCAUCAAGAUCAACGCUGACUCCUCUGGUAUCUACCGUACUGCCUACCUGCCAGAACGUUGGACGAAGUUGGGAGAGGCUGGCGUUGCUGGCGCCUUGACUGUUGAAGACAGAGUUGGUUUGGUGGCUGACGCUGGAUCCUUAGCUUCUUCCGGAUUUAUCAAAUCCACUGAUCUUUUGAACUUAGUGAAGGCUUGGUCUGGUGAAUCCAACUACGUUGUCUGGGAGUCUGCUUUGGGUAGUAUUGCUAAGAUUAAGGCAGCUAUGAUUUUUGAAGCCGAUUCCUUCAAGGAUGCAUUGAACGAGUUCACUCUUGACUUGAUCUCUUCCAAGCUUAAGGAAGUUGGAUGGGAGUUUUCUGACUCUGAUUCGUUUGCUGACCAGCAAUUGAAGUCUCUCUUGUUUGGUUCUGCUGCCUCAGCUGGUCACAAGGAAGUUCAAGAGUACAUCAAGGUGUCCUUCCAGAAGUUCAUUUCAGGUGACAAGAAGGCAGUCAACCCUAACUUGAGAGCUACCAUCUUUAACAGUAUUGCCAAGAACGGUGACAUCAACACUUUCAACAAGUUGUUCGAGGUGUACACCAAGCCAGACUCCGUGGAGGAGAAGCUUGCUGCAUUGAGAGCUUUUGGUAGAUUCGAAGAUGAUGAGGUUCUCGACAAGGUCACUUCCUUGUUGUUGUCGGACGUUGUUAAGUCUCAGGACAUUUAUAUCCCUAUGCAAGGAAUGAGAGUUCACAAGAAGGGUAUUGAGAAGUUGUGGGCUUGGUUCACUGUCAAUUGGGACGCAAUUUAUAAGUUGUUGCCUCCUGGCUUGUCUAUGUUGGGAUCUAUUGUGAUUAUUUCUACCAGCGGCUUCACAACGACAAAGCAGAAGGAGGAAAUCGAGAAUUUCUUCAAGACAAAGAACACAAAGGGUUUCGACCAGAGUUUGGCCCAGUCUUUGGACAUGAUCACUGCCAAGUCCAACUGGGCUGCUCGUGACACCGAAUCUAUUACCGAGUGGCUCAAGGCCAACGGCUACUCUAAGCCUAGACUUUAA